AUGAAAAGCUCACACGUUUUACAGUUUAGUAAAUCCUCUAUCAGUGCUCUUACCAGGCCUUGGAAGAAAUAUAGAGAUGGUGAAUUGUUUUACGGAUUAUCCAAAGUUGGGAAUAAAAGGGUGGCCUUGACGACCAAGCAAGGUAAUAAAACGAUGUACAAGGGAACAGGGGCUUCAGGAAUUGGUAGGCAUACUAAGUUUGGCGGUUAUAUGAUAAACUGGAAAAAAGUCAGGACAUAUGUAACCCCAGAUAUAGUUAAUUUUGAGUUGAAACCGUAUGUUAAUGCCAAUGUGCCACCUCUGAAACACGAAUUCAAAGGAUUUAGUCGCGGCCCCUUGGAUCCUAAUUUGCAAUUGUUAAAACUGAAGGAGUAUAUCAUAAGUGGAAAAGUACAGAGUCAAGGGGCCGUAGAUACUUCCUGCUACAAGGAACGCGGUUAA